UAUGUUUUCAAUUCUUACUCUCUUGAACUUGAUGUUUCAGCGAGACUUACCAUUAGGCAUAAUAGGUAGCCUCCUUAUCUGUAUUGUGCUGUAUAUCGGGGUCUGCUUAGUAAUUACUGGAAUGGUUCCAUACCAAUUACUUGGGGAAGAUGCUCCUUUGGCUGAAGCUUUCACCUCCAAGGGUUUGAAAUACGUAUCAGUAUUGAUCAGCAUUGGUGCUGUUGCUGGACUUACUACAACACUUCUAGUUGGUCUCUAUGUUCAGUCUCGUUUAUAUCUUGGACUUGGAAGGGAUGGUUUACUACCAGCAAUAUUUGCCAAAGUACAUCCUACACGACGCACCCCUGUUCAUUCUCAAGUUUGGGUUGGUAUUGUUGCCAUAAUCCUGUCAGGGCUUCUUAAUGUUCGUGUGCUUUCACACAUUCUUUCAGUUGGCUCAUUGACAGGCUAUUCUGUUGUUUCAGCUUGUGUAGUAACUCUUCGCUGGAUGGAUAAGGCUGCAAGUCAGAUUUCUACAAGAUGGGUUUCUGAAAGGGCUGAAGGCAUCAUCUGCCUCCUUACAAUUGCCUGUUGCGGUUUUGCUGCUGGAGUCUUCUACCGUUUUGGAGCUUCAUUUGUUUUUAUGAUUCUAGCUACUGUUAUUGCAAUUUGUUGUGCUGCAGCUCUUUAUUUACGACAAGUAUAUGUAGAUCCACCAGGUUUUUCUUGUCCAGGAGUUCCAAUUCUUCCCAUCAUUAGCAUUUUCCUCAACAUAUUUUUGUUUGCCCAGUUGCACUAUGAAGCCUGGGUUAGAUUUGUCGUCCUCAGCAUUAUUACAGUUGGUAUUUAUGCCUUUUAUGGCCAGUAUCAUGCUGAUCCUGUAAGUUCUAAUGUGUCGAUUAUAUACCAUAGGGCACCUGCAGAAGAAGCUAAAUAGUUACCUCUUGAUGUAAUUUUUGUGUUGUAUUAUCUUGUAAUCUUCAAUUAGUAUUCAUCUUGUAUAAUAAGGUAAUUCUGCCAUGCCAUCCUGAAAAUCGUCUAGUAGUUACUUCAUAGAUUUUGAAGAUAGAAUUGUAUGCAUGUAGGAUUAUUCCUUGUCGACUGCAUUAUAUUUUACAGAAUCUCAAUAUGUUCAGAU